CCUUCCUUCCUUUCAAUCCACUGAGCUGCACUUCGAGCGGCGCGUCUCCACUCUUAAGCUCGCCAUGUCCGCCGUGAAAGCGCUCAACCCGAAAGCGGAGGUGGCCAGGGCCCAGGCGGCCUUGGCGGUCAACAUCAGCGCGGCCCGGGGACUCCAGGAUGUGCUGAAGAGCAACUUGGGGCCAAAGGGGACCAUGAAGAUGCUGGUGUCCGGAGCAGGAGACAUCAAGUUGACCAAAGAUGGCAACGUUCUGUUACAUGAGAUGCAAAUUCAGCAUCCGACGGCUUCGCUCAUCGCCAAAGUUGCAACCGCCCAGGAUGACAUCACCGGGGACGGGACCACCUCCAACGUCCUCAUCAUUGGGGAGCUGCUGAAACAGGCCGACUUAUACGUGUCAGAGGGUCUUCAUCCAAGAAUCAUCGCUGAGGGCUUUGAUGCCGCCAAGGAGAAAGCUCUGGCCGUGCUGGAGGAGGUGAAGGUGACGCGUGAAAUGGACAGAGAGACCCUCAUCAACGUAGCACGCACCUCCCUCAGGACCAAAGUCCACACCGAGCUUGCCGACCUCCUCACUGAGGCUGUGGUGGACGCAGUGUUGACCAUCGCUAAACCCAACGAGCCCAUCGACUUGUACAUGGUGGAGAUCAUGGAGAUGAAACACAAGACCGACUGUGACUCUCAGCUGAUCAAAGGCCUAGUGUUGGACCAUGGGGCGAGACACCCUGACAUGAAGAAGCGUGUGGAGGACGCCUACGUGCUGACAUGCAACGUGUCCCUGGAGUACGAGAAGACGGAGGUCAACUCUGGCUUCUUCUACAAGAGCGCCGGGGAGAGAGAGAAGUUUGUGGCGGCAGAGAGGAAGUUCAUCACAGAGCGCGUGCACAAGAUCAUCGACUUCAAGAACAAAGUGUGUCCUGACGGAGACAAAGGCUUCGUCGUCAUCAACCAGAAGGGAGUGGAUCCUUACUCUCUGGAUGCUCUGGCCAAGGAGGGCAUCAUCGCUCUGCGCCGAGCCAAGAGGAGGAACAUGGAGAGACUGACGCUGGCAUGCGGCGGCAUCGCCAUGAACUCCGUGGACGACCUCACGCCAGACUGUUUGGGCCACGCCGGACUGGUGUACGAGCACACGCUGGGCGAGGAGAAGUACACGUUUAUCGAGAAGUGCGAGAACCCUCGCUCGGUCACGCUGCUCGUCAAAGGUCCCAACAAACACACACUCACACAGAUCAAGGACGCCGUCAGGGAUGGCCUGCGUGCCGUUAAGAACGCCAUCGAAGACGGCUGCGUGGUGUCCGGCGGCGGUGCCUUGGAGGUGGCUCUGGCCGACGCCCUCGUCAAGCACAAAGCUAACGUGAAAGGAAGAGCUCAGCUUGGCGUACAAGCCUUCGCCGACGCUCUUCUGGUGAUUCCCAAGGUUCUGGCCCAGAAUUCGGGCUAUGACCCUCAGGAGACGUUGCUCAAGCUGCAGACAGAGUACAAAGAAUCUGGUCAGCUGGUUGGCGUGGACCUGAACACAGGAGAGGCCAUGGUGGCGGGGGAGGCAGGUGUGUGGGACAACUACAGCGUGAAGAAGCAGCUGCUUCACUCUUGCACGGUGAUCGCCAGCAACAUCCUGCUGGUGGACGAGAUCAUGAGGGCGGGAAUGUCUUCUCUCAAAGGUUAAAGUAGGCUCACAUCAAGCAGUAAACAAAAUAUCAUCACGCUAUUCGUGUUUUUUUUAUUUUCUACUCCUCAACAAUCGGAUUUCUUUAUUUAUCACAUUUUGUUGAAAUGUUCAUAGCACUGACUGACUCUGCCAGCAAGUUCACUUCCAAUUAAAGAUGUUGCGCCUCCAA